AGCCACCACAACAGCUGUUGAAGAUAGCGUGCUGUGUACAGCUACUUUAAAUAAUAUUGAUCGCUGUCUAAUUCAUCCCUUCAUUGAUUGGUAGCUAGUCGUGGCACACGCCUGUCACACGAAUAUAUUGACUGUGCAAAUAACGUGCCCGUGUCAGCUGGGGCGACAAGGGGUGACCGAAGGACACACCGCGAUGAGGUUCCCAUGUGUGGAUGACGUGUGCCGCGAAGUAGUAUAAGCACAGAAGCCGCAGUCUCCGAUAGUACGCAGAAAUAGUCAAUAGGCCAGAUUGCAUUUGCUGUGGUGUUCCAUCAAUAAACCAGCCGGGAUUUAAUCAAUACUAGUUGCUGAGACAAUGGUCGGGCUGUACUCGCAGCAUCAGGACCUUAUUCGAGAUGGCUGCGACGAGCGAUGGACGUGGAACAAAAAGGACAAGUCCCAUGAAGUCAAAACUUCAGGGGAAGGAAUGGAAACUGCCCAUUUUCACCCUCACUGGUCUAACGGAACAGCAGGGAUACGGGGAAACUGUGUUCUGAAUUAUGGAAUUCAUUAUUGGGAAAUUAAAGUGUCACAAAGGAUUUUUGGAACUAGUAUGAUGUUCGGUAUAGGGACUAAAGGUGCAAGACUUCAUGUAGACGCUUUUGUGAACAUGAUAGGAGAAGACCAAUGCAGCUGGGGUCUCUCACAUAAAGGACAGCUAUGGCAUAACGGAAAAAGUAGACAAUACACGAAACCAUUCAAAGAAAAUGAAGCAACAGUGGUGGGUAUUCUUUUUGACGGAAUAUCAGGAACUCUGACAUAUUUCAAAGAUGGUCUAUCUUUAGGUGUAGCGUUUACAGGGUUAGAGGACGUGGAGGAACCCCUCUAUCCCAUUGCAGCAUCCACCGCUGCCAAGACUGAGAUGACCCUGGGAGUCCGUCGCAGGGGGUAUCAGAGUUUACAGGAUCGCUGUCGUGUCAAGAUUCUGUCCAGUAUCUGCAAACAACAAGAGAUUGACCACCUACCACUGCCCAGCAGUAUACGGUCCUUUAUCAAGGAUGCUGCCUGUGUCUAACAGAGUAACAUAAAUGUCUGUCAACAAAAUUUACCGACGUCAUGUAUUAAUGUGCUUCAAAUUAUAAGUUAUAUCAUUCAUUAUUUAAAGUUCUUAUUUUUUGUGAGUAAUAUGAUUUUGUUAUUCGAUGCUUUAAGGAUUUUUCUUUGUUUAGUCAGGGUUUGAUUGAGAGACAAAGCGUCAGAUGUUUUCUCCGUAUAUCUAUUGAUUUUUUUUUCUAACCCUUUAGAAGAUAGCCGUGACAAAAUUAAUUAUGAAAAUUGUGUGAGACCACGUGAUACUCUUUGCAUAAUUUAUCCAGAAUCAGUUUCUUUGUUGUCAUGCAAUCGACACUAUUACAAUGGGGGUUGAAAUCGAUAUGAUCCAAUCUGAAUCAGCUGUUUCACUUUCACGGUCACCAAAUGGUGCGACUGUAUUAAGCUUAUUAUAUUUAUUUCACGCAUAAUUUAAUGUUCCCGAUGGUGCUAUAUCUGUGUCAUUAUUUUUUUUUUCAAAUGUCAUUUUACAAUUGUCAUAUAUUGUAGAACAGCUACGCUACCAGUGUGAUCCCUUUUUUGAAAAAUAUUUUUUAAGUGUGUAUGUGAAAUUUGUAUAAACUCUCGGAUGAGUAUAUCUAGUCAUGAUUUUGUUCAUAUUUGAAAGCAAGAGAUAUAUGCAUGUGCAUAUUGUGUGCAAAUUCCUUAUUUAUUUGAAUGAAAGUGCAUGUAAGAAAUAAAUAUUGUAGGUAAAUGUUUCUUUCGUUCUUGUAUAGUCUCCUUCCUUUUUACGGGUCGUAUGAAAUCCAUUAUGUGAGAGUGAGUAAAAGAUAUGAAAAUCUAAGGGCCGGGCCCAUGUGCAAUAUUUCCUCUUGAUAUGAGCUAGGACAGAAUCAAGUUUUCACAUUGAUCUCAAGUAAUAGAUCGUGUAGACUUAGAUCCCGUCAAAGUGUGAGUUUCCCCGGAUUUACCGAACGAAUAUCCGGUUUCCGGUUUACCUGAACACUUCCGCCCGAUUAUUAUUUUAAUUUCCAUUAGUGUUCAUUUAAUGUUGAUAUUGUUGUGAUAGAAAUUAAUGUAUUAAAUGUCUUAUUUAAUUUAAUUUAUUGUAUAUGUAAUAAAUAUGAACAAAUAUCGAA